AUGCAACAACUACAAAAUUGUCUGCUUGAUAAAGACAUGAUUCUUUAAAGUGAUGGUACUCUAUAUAUUGGGACUUUUAACCAAUCACAUCUUGAAGGUUAUAGUUUAGUAAUCAAUCCAGAUGGAUGUAAUUUUAAGAUUAAUUCUUAGCCUAUUAUUAUGGAUUUUUUAAGAAAUCUAAACCUAAAGAUGUAGGUGUUUAUAAAUUAAAGAAUUCUUGUCUUAAAUUAUUUUGGGGAGAUGAUGAUACUAUCAAAUAUAUUCAAGAUAUUGAAAAUAUUGGCUUUUUACAUAAAAUUAUUUCUUUUAAGAAUAAUUGUUAUGGUAAUAAAUUACUCAUUAGAAUUAAUCCAUUAAGUUAUGGAGUUGCUAAAAACUAAAACUAUGAUGGAUUUACUGUUAUGCAUUAUAAAAAUGGUGAUAUUUACUAUGGCAAUGUCUAUAGAGGAAAAUACAAUGGAGAAGGCAUUCAUUUCAGUAAUUACCAAUAAGAAUGGUAUUGGAAUAAAUACNAAAGUGGAAUACUAUCAAAAAUUAGAUUGAAUUGUUCAAAUUGUUAAAUUCCUAAUUAUAAAAAGGAUAAAAUUUGUCUGUUAGUUGGUAAAUCUGAUUCAUUUUAGUUUUCUUAAUUUUCAUUAUGGAAAUUGUUCAUUAUUUAUAUUAAUUAAGUAGAAAAUUAUAAUGA